AAGCCUUCAGUUAGUUAGUGGACUUCAAGACGACCACUACUCCUUCGGCUGGUGCCUCCCCGUCCUCCGCGUUCACGAACUAUUAUUACGAUCUUGCAAUCAAGUGGUGCAGCUGUGACCAGAUACGGAAUUUCCAAAUACCGAUUUCAAGCUCGCCGUUUUUCCAGUUUCAGAUUACCAGCCGAAACGCACGGAGCAAUAUUUUUGAGAGCUGUCAAUACAACUUCGAAGGCCUUCCGAUAAAUUAGACCGCAGAGAGUUGCUGAGAGGAUGAACAUAAGCUAGCGAUGGCAUCAACGAUGACUUCGCCUGGAUAUUUUCUCUUGUUUCUUUCGUGCUGCAUGUUCAGUGGCCGUCUAGGAUAUGGUAUCGGAGGCCCUGUAUUCAUCAGCUCCUCGAUAGCAACAGCAAGCUCUAUUCAACCCUCCUUUGUUACGCAAACGGUGUACGGUUUCCUCGAUUUUACUACAACUAUUGGCAAUACGGUGAUGGUAUUUUCACCGCAAAGUGCUGCGCCAGAUCCCGAAAAAGACAAGACCACAGAACAGGCAGUAAACGCAGUUAUAGAUACACAGCCCGUAACGUCUGCCGCAACACAGCCUCCACCAACUAUAAAACCAAGUAAAACGCAAACUAAAACUGAGAAUAAGCCAUCUGAGAAAACCGAAAAGAUCUCCACCGUUGGCGUGGUUAGUGCUCAAUCGAAAGCACCCGCAGUUAUUUUAAGUAAGGUAGAAAUUGUAUCGGAUCCUUCAUCCAAGGUAAAUGUAGUACAAAGUUUGCCAAGCGUUGUAAAUUCGCACGAAGACGUACAGAGUAAAAUUGAAGUUGUGGCAGUUCCGGCCAGUAAAGUUUCAUCAAAGAGUAUUGUAACUAAAGUUGAAGUAAUAUCGGGAACGUCAAAAGUGGAACAGCCCGCUGUCAUAUCAAGUCGCGUAGAAGUUUAUGAAGGUCCAAGUUCUAGCUUGGUAACCCCACAUCCAGAUCUGUCUAGCGAUGUUGAUGUACAGGCAGCGGAAGAGGCAAUUGUUGUUGGUAACAAUAUAGGGGAGCCGGAAUAUGAUUUUCUGUCAAGACAACCGUCAGAAGUCGUAGAAGAAACUUAUAAAAUAAUAAACUUAAAACCUAGCUCAAAGUUUCAUUUAAAACCGCGUCCUUCGGCAGAGCAUAAAAACAAACAGAGUUCGACGGCACGCUCCGAUCCUCUACAUCCCACGGGAUUAGUUACAAAAUUAGGAGGAACUAUUGUUAAAGACGGUGUUACAACGGUUCAUGAAACGAAAGUUAUUGGAACUUAUAUUGCCGGAAAGUACGCGCAAGUUUUACAAAGUACGUCUCACAUUCAACAACAAAAUUCGCAAAAAGGCAAAAUUAAACCUUCGCCGACGUUGAGGAUAUUGAAAACAGCGGCUCCUUCGUUAGGGAAAUCAAACAAGCAUCAUUUGGAGCCAACGCCUGCGAGUUCUGUUGUCAUUCAAACUGCAGUUGCGGUCGAAACUCCUAAAUCGUCUCGUAAACCGAGCUCUAAGAGAUUCAAGAAUCGUGUAAAGGAACAAGAAAGUCCCGAAGAAAAUGAAGCAAGGGAUAUCACGACUCCAAGUACACCGAAACGGGCGGGCAGCAAGCUGCGGCCUACUCAAGCAUCGAGGAGCACGCCAAAACAGCACACAUCACAAAGACCGCACAAACGUAAUAAAAAAAAUGGUGGAAAAACUGCACGACUUGCAACUGUAUCUGUACACAGCGAUCCGCCUCCGACCACAACCCCAGCAUCAUCGGGUUCGAGGAAAUUCCAACCUCGCAAAAGUUCCAACUCAAAACAGAAGACAAGUACCGCAGCGCCAGAGCCGAACACGGGCUCGUCGAGAAGAAGUUACAAAGCUCGUGCUUCUCAGAUUCAUCCUUCAAAUGCUGAUCAGUCAUCUGGAUCAACUAGCCUUUAUAAAUUUAAACUUAAUCGCGCUCCUGGCAGGUGGCAAUAUAAAACGACUGCCAAACCUAGAGUGACCAUUAGAAAACAAAGCGAAGAUGAGAAUAAUAACGUCACUACUCACUCAUAUUCUGAAUCUGACCUCUCUUCUCAUUCCAAAUCCGACGAUGUGGAAGGCUUGGUCGGAUCAGAAUCGAUUACGACCGCGGUUGAUGAUGAAGCAUCAACUGACAAUAAAGUGGACGGCGCCUUUCCUUUAGAAACCCUAAAAGUGGAAAUCUCUACUCCCCCCGAUUUUAAAGACACCUACUAUGAAAUUGCUACCAUAAAGUCUCCAUACACCUUUAAGAUCGGUACUGUUAAAAAUACCAGAUACGUCACUGUGACGUCAACGUUCCAGCGAACCAUUGAAAGCUCUUCGGCUGACAACGCCAUCGUUCCGACGCAUGGCGAACCAUUAACCGAAAACAUCUUGGCAACAGCUUCCCACUAUGAAAAAGAUAACAACUUCCUGGAUUCAAGCGUAGCAACCUUACCGCCACUCUACAUGGCGUCCGACAUGGAAACUCCACCGCUGGAGACAAUGACUGAAACGUUCAGCACCACUCAAACAAUGCUAAAGACGCACAUUUUGCCAGCGGUUCGAGGUGGCAACAUCACAUCCAGCUAUACUCUCGUGCAGACUUAUUUAGUGACGCGCUUCGUAACUGCCACCAAAACGCUACCACCGAUGGACGCCUACCAUUUCGUCCCUAGCAAAACCUUGAACGAAUUCAACAGCUACUUAGACGAGGCAGGUUCCGAGCUCAACCUCGAGUUGGCAUUUGGCGAUGAGAAUGACAACGAAUCCGAAGGUUUACCACGGAGAGUAUUCCCAGCAGACUUAGACUUGGCCAAUGUCGGUUCAAACUUCGACCUUUCCGACGUGGACAAGUCAAACUUGUCCGCUCACAUGCACUUACGGUCCAAAAAGGCUCACCCUCCCACCUCGCCCAAACCGCCGGUAAGCGAUCCAUUGUCAAUCCCCGGAUUGACACCAGAGCAAAUCGCUUUACUCAGGCUGCUCAAUCCAGCGGCGGCUCAAGGUCAGGUGAUUACUACGUCUAAGCCCGUUGUUAAAGUUGAGACCGUGUACGAGUCGCACGUUCUUCCGCUUUUCAACGGCCACAGCACGAUACUAACCACAAUCUCCAAAGCUCUCGGAACCGUAACUAAGACAGACUACGAAUUCGGCACAAGUACAAUUUCGCCAGGCAUACCAAGCAUACCAAAUCUUCCGAUUGCGCCCAUCGGCGGAUUAUUCCAGCAGCCGCAGCAAUUUGCUGUAACAAGUUCACCGGUCGUUCAAACGACUGUAGUAACUGAAACGGAAAGUAAGAUUUUAAAGCUUACCUUCGGCGCGAAGACGCUGUACACGACAAUUUUAUCAACAACGGUAGUUCCAACUGUAUUGACAACCUAUAUGACGGCAUCGGUUCCCGUUCAGCCUACGGCAGCUUUCCCCGGAUAUUUUCCAGCUCCCUAUCCGCCAUUUCAGUAUUUGGGUUGACGUGAGUCGAACAAGAUAAAUGUUAGAACAGUAAACAAUAAAUUCACUAUGCGUUCGUUAAACUUUAUCGAUUUGUAAUAAAAAAAGGUGCUCCGAUAGUGAUUUUUUUGUGUCUACAAUUUAUAAAAGAGAGUGACUUUAACGAAGUGGGUCGUCACAUGUGCAAUAAAUGGACUUGUAUCAUCAUACUUUAGGCGUAUUCUCAUAUCAUGCUUUGUAUAUAAAACACAAUACCUAUCUAAAAUUCUUCAUUGUAUAGAUUCUAUUGUAAAUUUAUUCUUAUUCUUAAUUAAAUAUUAGUAAAUUUAUUCUUA